AUGAAGUUCAUUGAUCUUAGCGAUAUAGAAAUUUCUUUAAUCUGUGAUGGCGAUCUUCGACUGGCAGCGCAGAUCGUCAUCAGAUUACGGAAUCGUGGCGCACGAAAAAUCCGUUUAUGUUAUCCUACUGACCAAUAUCUUGUAUACGCAAAUGCCGACAUUGAUGCGAUCAAAGUACCAUGUCCCCAGGCCACGCAAAACCAUUUCAAAUCGAGUGUAUCAAACGCAACAAUCGUAAUUAGCUUACUGUAUAAUAAUUACGAAAAGCAAGAGAUGCUUCUUGACGCCUGCACCGAGCAAGGAGUUGCUUUGCUUAUCACAUGGGAUUCUGGAAUGGAACUAGAACACUAUGUACGGGAUAAACAAUGUCCACGAACCAGAUUGCAUAAACUAUUAUUGAAUCAUCGGGCGACAAAUAAAAAUAAACCCGACGCAACCCGUUGGAUCCUAUUUCAGGUUGGCAUUUUCGAUGAAGAGAUACUUAAAAACGACAUAUCAACAGUCACUACCGCUUUCAAUAGUCCGAACCAAUUUAUUUUCUUGAACAUUACUGUCAAAGAAGAUUUAGCUCAAUUGAUAGUUGAAACUAUCGUGUCGAGAGAAAUCCAACUUGACAGAAAUUAUGUGGUCGGAGAUUUUGUUGCGCACACAUACUUGGGUCAUGUAUAUCAAGUUGCAACCAAAGGCGUUCGAUUAAAUUUGGGUAUGCCCGCAGAAAUCUCGGAUUUUGAGGUUACAAACGCAUUACGCUUAUCCGGGAUCGUUUCAGCACGUCCACUUCCACGAAUACUUUAUCCGGGGUGCAGUUUAUUUUUUUAUAAACUUGGUAUUGAAAUUUCCUUUCAACAUGAUGCAGCGAUCUAUAAAAUUUUAAAACAUCACCGUCGUACGACCUUUAAGGAAUGGAUUCACAAUCAAUUCUAUGAUUGUUCCAAAUAA